AUGACUGGCGUUCCGGAGUUGCCAGCCUACUUCAAAGCGGAAGCGCGCCUCAGGGCGCUCAAUUUCCACUGGAGAGAGUUGCAGAGCCUAGGAAACAAUGCGAAGAUCGUCGAAUUUAUCGGCCGGUGGUUGGGACCCGUGGCACUCGGCCAAGACCGUGAUCUCUUAGAUGCCGCCUUGGAGAGUUGCGUGGAUGAAAUCAGCAAGCAACAGCCCACACAGUCUCGAAAGGAAGCCGUCAAGAUUUCAGUCUCGGGCAUUGACGAGCCAUCAUCCGCGGUCCGGAAAGCUGCUCAGUCGGUUUUCAACGCUUUGCUGAGUUGCAAAGAAUGCGCCUGCUCUUGUCCACAUCGUUUUGGGGCGAAGCUGGAGCUAGGUACUUACAGAAAGCCGACGAAGCCCGCGCAACGGGCACGAAGACAUCGGACCAAAAGCACAACAGCGGGGGGGCUGGAAUUCAAGAUGUUUCUUUCCAUGGAACGUAACUGGAACGAGGUCCGAAUCCACACCCUCAGGGAGACACAGGUUGGCUUCCGCCUUCCAGACGACUCGGCAGUGCCCCAUGGGAAAACGGUGUCCGCCGUACGCCAGAGCAUCAAAACGCUAUGCGCGCCAAUGAUAAGGACACAAUCGAAGCCUCUACAGCGACUCGAGCUGAAGCUCACCGGCAAUCAACUGUUCGAGUUGGGAUUUGAGAAGACCAACUUCCGUGUCGACAAGUCUACGGAGGCAAUCUCUCUUUCUCAGUGCUUAGAGGAGCAUCACGAAUGGUUCACGGAGAAGACGAAGCGAGUACUCUCUCUCAUUGUCGCUUAUACCGUCUUUCAUCUUGACAAUACCUCAUGGCUACCGCCAGGCUGGGGAUCAGCAAACAUCAAAUUCUUCCAGACGACAUUACACGAGGUUCCAUUGAGACCGUUCAUCGAAACGCAGUUGAGUAAUAGCAGAGAAGAUGCCGGAGAUGAAUCAUGCGAUCCUUUCGCCGGCGAAGAUUUGGACUCGGACCAUAAUUUCCCGGCAUUGAUCUCCUUGGCUGUGAUUUUGAUGGAAGUGUACUUUGUCAAGCCGUUCGAAAGGCUCGCAAAGAUGCACCGUAUCCAGCUCAUUGAGAACGCUGAUGGCUCUAUCUCCCUGAUAGACGUGGACCAAGUGUUCAAUGGCGUUGAAGACGAAGACGGAGGUGGAGACUGGAGCUCAUUCGGAGACAACCAGAAGCGAAGAACGAAAAGAGAGGAAGAAGGCUGGAGAGAGCAGAUCCCCGAAGACUGCCUCUACCUCUUGACGGCCAUCGAUAACUGCCUGGACAGCGAACAAUGGGAGGACGAAGAGGGGCAGCCCCUGGACCAUCAGACGCUGAGGUCGCGGAUGUACCAAAAGGUUGUUCGGCCACUCGAGCUUCACCUAACCCACGGCUUCAGCAACAUACCUUUGGACGGCGUCGACGAACAUGCCAGAGAAAUCAACUUUGCGCAAUGGGGGCAUGUGAUACCAAGUAGAAAGUCAGAAGACCUGGUCGCUUCGCGUCUCUCGAGCGCUAUCACGCCUGAUCGGACACACUCGCCUGCAAGUCUUCCACUUGCUCAGAACCAAGCCAGCGCCAACCUGAUGGGAGCGGAGCACUGGAGGGGACAUCCUCAGUCUUUGCUCCCAUUCUUGACGUUUCAUCCGAGCCUCAACAUGAAGCCCAGUUUCAGUGUCGAGGUUGAUUCUCACUCAGCUCGGUUUUUUGAUGAUGAGGCAGGACUUUCAGAUGGAAGCAGGAGGUAUGAGAAUUGGAAGACGCGGUACAAGGACGUCUAUGAAAAGUACAUCGAGAACUGUCUGUCAUCCACCACUGCUUCUAACCCGGUGAAAAUCGCGAUUCUGGACACCGGGAUCGACGGAGACCACCCCGUCUUUGACGGCUACGGGGAUUUGAAAGAAAAACACAACUAUUUCAACGAGUCUCACAAGAGGCGAGUGCCGGAUAGCAACGGACACGGCACGUUUGUAGCCAGCCUCAUCCGCGAGUAUGCCCCGGAUGCAGACCUCUACGUCAUCAAAAUCGCAGGUAGAGACAACGAAAGACCAGACGCGCAGGUUGUGAGAAAAGCCAUUGACCACGCGGUCGACGAGUGGCAGGUCAACAUCAUCUCCAUGUCGUUCGGCUGGCCGUCGUCCGAUUUCGACGGCUACGACGACCUCCAGGAGGCCAUAGACAGGGCAUACCACAAAAAGGUCCUCAUGUUCGCCGCGGCGUCCAACAGCGGCGGCAACCUGGGCCGGGCCUAUCCCGCCAGCAGCCCGCACGUCAUAUGCGUUCACUCGACCGACACGCUCGGGAACAGGUCCAAGUUCAGCCCGACCCCCGAGAGGAACGCCGUGAAUAUCGCGACGGUCGGUGACUCGGUGCGCUCGGCGUGGCCGACCUUCCUCUGCGGCGACGGCCCGGGUCAAGAUUACCUCGUCUCCCGCUCGGGGACGUCGUACGCGACGCCGAUCCUCGCUGGCAUCGCGGGGUUCCUCCUGCACUAUACCCGGCUGCAUCUGCCGGAGAGCGCGACGGUGAUGAAGCGGAAGGAGAACAUGGAAGCCGUGCUCAAACGGUGCGCCGAGCGAGGGCCGAACUACUCGCCGAGGGAUGGGUACUUUUACGUGGAGCUAAGCUUGAAUGGACACAACAUGUUUGGCGGGAAGUUGGAAGACGUAAGCUACGAGAUCCUACAAGCCUUAAAGAGGUAG